CACACCUGAGCUCUGUCUAAAAAAAAUGAAGCAGCUGUCAUAUGUCAACAACUUUCAUCCGUGCAGUGUUCUCCAUUCCUCGACUACUUUCAUCAGCUUUUAAUGACCGCAUCAUCAACCGGAAAGCAUUUGCGACUCUUUAAAAUACCCGCCAGCCCUCAUCUGCCCUCACUGACAUCGCCCACUAGAGAUGGCGAAGAGUUCAUCCAGAAAGUCCCUGAAAAGUUUGUUCUCCAAGAGCGAAGCCAGCCCGGACGAAUCGGUGGAGAAGGAUGUGGACAAGAAUGAGGGACAGAGGAAGAGGUUUCAUUUCUUGAAGUUCAAGAAAAAGUCGAAGAACGGCUCUGCCUACGAGACCCCGGAUAACAACCAACGGGUUGUCAGUGAUGUUGAGCCCAGUAACACUGCAGAGGAUGGAGAGGCCUCGUCAGACAACAUUGUUUCCAACAGCAAGCGGUCUUCUCUCUAUAGCACCGCACCCAGGUCAAAGGGAAAAGAACUCAGCUACUCAGAGUUGGACCUCCGUAAGCCCAAAAGGUUUUCUACAUUUUCCUUUGGUCAAAAAAGGAGGAAGAAGAAAGAUGAAGAGAGAAUCUCUAAGAGCACGUUUGGCCUUCAUAGCCCAGGCAUUGAAGAGCAAAAUGAGGGAAAAGAACUCAGCUACUCAGAGUUGGACCUCCGUAAGCCCAAAAGGUUUUCUACAUUUUCCUUUGGUCAAAAAAGGAGGAAGAAGAAAGAUGAAGAGAGAAUCUCUAAGAGCACGUUUGGCCUUCAUAGCCCAGGCAUUGAAGAGCAAAAUGAGACUCCUCUGCACGUCCGACAGAUGGAGUUGGAUCAAGCAAUGUUCAGUAUGUCUCAACCAGAGCUUGACAUCAGCGAUGCAUUUGACAUCCCUUCUCCUCCUCCUGUGGCCACAAACCAGUCAAAAUCAAGUUUCAAUCUCCCUAAUCAAUCACAGUCAUCUGUCGCUAUAAACACCCAACCAGAAGCAAAGGAGCCUCUGACAAAGUGCUCCGAUCUUUUUGAUGUUCAUAAGGAACCUCCGAAAGCACCUAUUGCCAUCAUUCCUGAGCUGCAGCUGGAGAAUACAGCCUCAUCGGAGAAAGAGAACAUUCCUGUUCAUGAUAACUCAUCCAAAAGCAAUUCCAAUUCAUCUGCUCACAUGACUCACACAGAAACCACCUCUGCGGUCGAUAACCAGACUGUUCAUAUCCUUCCAGCUAGCCUGCCUCCAGUCAGGCUCGACACCUCAGAUGAGAAAGAAGCCAACGCAGCAGCUGUUGACUCAGUCUCCAGAAACAAUAACCCGUGUGACAAUGAGAUCCUCCAGCAGGUUAACACAAAAACAGAAAACUCUCUUACUGAAUCCAUCACAGUUACAUCACCACAUCAUCAACACGAUGCCCCUUUCAUAGCUGACAGUACAGGUCCAAAUGGCAAACCCCCCCUGGCAAAUGUUGACUUCAAAAUUGACACCACUUUUACAGAGUCAGCCCCUCUUCUUCACACUGACAACUCUGCUCUCAAUGAAAAUUCUGCUUCUAUGCAUGAAGAAGCCUCAAUGUCUCUCACUGAGAGGUCUAUUCCUGAAACUGCCACUACAACCUCAGCGGUUAGCGGUGAAAAGAGCGGUUGUCCUGUCAUUCAAGAUGCAGCUUAUGGAGAGUUGUAUGAGACACUUUUCCCCCAGAAUUUUACCUCAGAGGUAAUGUCAUCCCUCUCAAACCUCCCACCUAAAAUCCACACCGAGAUAACACAAAUUAACACCAAAUCAGAACCUAUUGUGCUUAAAACCCUUAAUGAGUGCCACACCGAAACUAAUGUUAUUUUUUCUCGUCUGUCCACUUCACGUGAGUUUGACCCUACUGUUUGCAGAAUGGAUGAAGCUGUGGGUGGAUACACUAACAUAAAUGCCAGCUUCAGCGAGAGAAAGGUGCUUUCUUCAAGUGAGAGCUCCAGAUUUACCUCUUACCAAACUUCUACUGCUUCUGAGUGUCAGAGAGACUCAGAAAUACAUGACAGAUAUCUACUUUCCCCUCUCAGUUCAGGUUCUGAACCAGCUAACAGUGAUAACAUUCCUUACUCAAAGCUGAACCCCUCCCUUUCAGAGGUGAAAUCAGACAGUUUCUGCUUCAUCCAAGACACUGUCAGGUCAGUCCCUGUGGUUCAAAACUCCACCCAUCCUGUUUCUGACUAUGUAACAUCCCAAGGGACAGAUAUUCAGGUUACUGACUGUAAAAGGAGAGUGAUCCUAGUCAAAGAGUUAGUCACUGAUGAGGCGAGUCCUGACCCUGGCUGUCCCUCUCCCGUUCCUGAGAAGAUGAGUGCAGUUAAGGGUCUAGAGAUAAAAAUUGAAACAACGGAGAGUUUAUCUGCUCCUUCCGGGCAGAUGGAUGGUUAUGAUGGGCCUUUAAGUCCAACAUAUCUCAGCGCAGGAUCAGAUGACGCCAGUGUCACUGAGAUCUACUACAGUGCUGAAGAGGACAACGCAGAGGAGAGUAUGGAUGAAGAGAUGUACACGGUGCAUGAAAGAGAAGAAAUUAGCGUGGAAGACGGACUGAAAGCGGUUGUCAGUCUUUGCGGGGCAUCUCCACAGAAGGGGGAGACUGCAGAAAGAGGUAUGAGUAAGAGAGGUGAGGUAGAAUUGAGUGUGGUAAUUCUUAAAAUGCAGAAUGAUGGAGGCAAAAUGGGCAAUGAAGAACAGAAAGAGGAUGUCAGUUACCUAUCUGAAGUGCAGCAACAACUAAGUGGUCAGAAUUCAGAUACUGGGACUUCUGAAUUUCCUGUGAGUAAUGAUGCAAAGACUCAGCAGAAAGAAGUAGCUACCCCAGCGUAUGUGCAGGUGAAAGUAGACGGAAGGUUGGGGAGAAAGGAGGAGUUACCAGCCACACCGGUUCAGCAAGUAAACACACUGAUGGAAUGCGACUUUCCUCCACCCUCCAGUAAGCAGCAUGGGCAGGGGGAGGGGUCAAAGGGAAAUUGGACCGAGGGUUUGGAAACAGAAGACCACCCUUAUGAAGAGAAGCAACUUCCAAGCCAAGAUGUACAAUAUCUGGCUUACAAAGACAUUAGACGUUCUGAAAAUAUACAUUCCAGUCACACAAGAAAGGAAGACAUAAUCACAUCCACAUUUAGAGAGAAAGAAAUGCAAGUUUCACUUACUACAAAAGCAGACACGAGCAAAGAAAGCACAAAAGUCAACAGUUAUGCUAACACAAGUGCAGUCACAGAUACUCCUGGUGGAGUAGAGGUUGUCACGGGCACAUUGACACACAGCGCUGAGCUGCAAUCAGAUGCCACAGAGGCCGAACACAAUAGGACUCCACAGAGUAGUGAGUGGGUGGAUACAAUUACUCAGAGCACAAACGGAACCAGGACUGUGCAAAAACAGGUGGCAGUUGAGCUGUCAGCCCCGGACACAGACACACACUGUCCUGAUAUAGAAGCUGCACACACACACUCGGAGAGACUGGAGCAUCUGGCAGGAGCCCAACCUGACCUGAAUCAGGGGUAA